AUGAAGUAUUCAUGGAAAGUUAUAUGUGAAACCCUCCGAAUUUCACCCACGGCAAUGGGAGGAUUCAAGGAAGUGAUCAUGGAGUUCAACUACAAAGGAUACACCAUUCCAAGAGGAUGGAAGAUUCAUUGGAGCACCAAUGUCACGCAUUGGAAUCCGGAAUAUUUUCCAGAUCCUAAAAAGUUUGAUCCUUCAAGGUUUGAAGGGGACGGGCCAGCUCCUUAUACGUACGUGCCAUUUGGUGGAGGCACCCAUAUGUGUCCUGGAAUCGACUAUACAAAGUUUGCAAUACUAGUUUUCCUUCACAACGUAUUGACAACUUCAGUUGGGGAAAAGAUGAUACAUUCCCUAUCCAAGAAAUAGUGUAGUGAAAAUUUAUCUUUACUUUUUUAAGCUAUUUGCCGAAAUGCUAAUGUGCAUUUCGUUCAACCAUUUCCAAUUAUGCCGCCUCAUUUUCGAUUGAG